AUGGCAUGGGGAAACAUUUACAGAAGACGCAUGAAAGUAUUCAAGAUGGCUUUGAAAAUUUUCCUGGACUACAAGGGUGUACAGGCAAAAGAGAAAUGGACCCAGAAAUCUAAAAGAGGUGCAUUAUGGGAGAAAGCUCAUAAGCGAAAUGCUCAACGGGUUGUGAAUUUGAUGGUUGAGUUGAGCGGCUUAUGGGUGAAAAUUGGACAGUACUUAUCGGCACGUGCUGAUGUGCUUCCGGUGGAGUACAUAUCUCUUCUCAAAACGCUACAAGACUCGCUUCCUCCUCGUCCUUUAUUAGAGGUUUGUCAGACCAUAGAGAAAGAGUUGGGUAAAUCCAUGGAUGAUAUCUUCAUGGAUUUUGUCAAAACUCCUUUGGCAACAGCAUCAAUUGCACAAGUCCACCGAGCCAAGCUGAUUAAUGGGCUGGAUGUGGUUGUCAAAGUUCAACAUCCGGGCAUCAAGACAAUUAUGUUGGAGGACUUGAAGGAUGUAAAAUCGAUUAUUGACUGGAUAGCUUGGGCAGAACCGCUAUAUGACUUCAAUCCUGUUUUAGACGAAUGGUGCAGAGAAACUCCAAAAGAACUUGACUUCAAUCUUGAAGCUGAAAAUACUAGAAAUGUGUAUAGCAAUCUUGGCUGGAAAAACAGAUCCGGAGAUAAUAAACCUGCCAAUACAGUUGAUGUUCUUGUUCCGGAAGUUAUUCAGUCAACCGAAGCUGUUCUCAUUCUAGAGUACAUGGAUGGGAUACGUUUAAAUGACUCUGAAUCUCUGGAAGCUUUUGGGGUUGACAAGCAGAAGAUUGUAGAAGAAAUUACACGUGCAUAUGCCCACCAAAUUUAUGUUGAUGGAUUUUUCAAUGCUGACCCUCAUCCUGGAAAUUUCCUUGUUAGCAAGGAGGCUCCUCACUGUCCAAUUUUGCUCGACUUUGGGCUCACAAAGAAACUAUCCGACUCUGUGAGACAAGCACUUGCAAAAUUUUUGUUGGCUUGUUCAGAGGGGGACCAUGUAGCUCUUUUGUCUGCCAUGGCAGAAAUGGGACUUAAGCUGCGUCUAGACAUGCCUGAGCAGGCUAUGGAGGUUACAACUGUAUUCUUCCGUGAUUCCACACCAGCAAAUGAAGCUCAUAAAACCAUGAAAACUUUGGCUGAGGAAAAGGACAAAAGCAUGAAACAUAUACAGGAAAAGAUGCAAUUUACCCAAAAAGAAAUCAAACGCUUUAAUCCUUUUGAUGCCUUUCCUGGAGAUUUUGUAAUGUUUUCAAAAGUCCUUACUCUUCUAAGAGGUCUUUCGUCCAUGAUGAAUGUUCGCAUAGUAUAUCUGGAUAUUAUGAGACCAUUUGCCGAAUCUGUUUUAGAAGGAAACAUGAACAAGGGACCAGCAACAAAUCCCCACUGGAUUUAUGAUACUCCAAUCCAUUCUGAAGUGGAGGCCAAGUUGAGGGAAUUCUUAGUUCAGCUGGGGAAUGAGGACAGAAUACUUGGAAUUCAGGUUUGUGCGUACAAAGAUGGUGAGGUGAUUAUAGAUACUGCUGCUGGAGUGCUUGGUAGAUAUGAUCCUCGUCCUGUUCAGCAUGAUAGUCUUUUUAAUGUUUUUUCGGUAACAAAGGGCAUCACAGCAGGAUUGUUACACUGGCUGGUUGACAAAGGAAAACUCAAGCUUGAGGAUAAUGUUGCUAACAUUUGGCCUGAAUUCGGAUCAAAUGGAAAAGAUCUCAUAAAGGUCCAUCAUGUGCUUAACCAUACAAGUGGUUUGCACAAUGCUUUGGUUGAGGUUGGAGAAGAAAAUCCUGUUGAAUAUGUUGACUGGGAUGAUUGUUUGAGACGGAUUGUGGCAUUAAAACCUGAAACUGAACCCGGUCAACGGCAGGUCUAUCACUACCUGUCUUUUGGUUGGCUGUGUGGUGCAAUAAUUGAGCGAGCAUCCGGGAAGAAAUUUCAGGAGAUUCUUGAAGAAGUAUUCAUUCGACCCCUAAAUAUUGAAGGCGAGCUAUAUGUUGGAAUUCCAGCAGGUGUGGAAUCUCGACUUGCAACUCUUACAAUAGAUGAAUAUGAUCUCAAAAAGUAUGCGGACAAAUCUUAUCAUUCUGACCUACCCCCUGAGUUCCAGCUUGACAAAGUUGCAAAGAUCAUCACCAGCUUGCCGGUAUUUUUCAACAUGUUAUACGUUCGCCGUGCCAUCUUACCUGCUUCUAAUUUACAUUGCUCAGCCCGUGCAGUUGCACGCUACUAUGCAGCCCUAGCUGAUGGGGGAGCGAUCCCACCCCCACAUUCCUCUUUAUCCAAGCCACCACUUGGUAGUCACCCUCACAUCCCCAAAUUUCCUUCACAAGAGAAGUUAAAAAAACCAAAAGGUAAGAAAAACAAGGAGGUACCUGCUGCUUCAAAGAACAAUACAAAUAAUAAGGGUAAAGAUGCUAGUGGUGAUGAUAACACUAGGCCAAUAAAUAUUGGUGGCAAGAUUUUUAGUAACCCUAAAAUCCAUGAUGCGUUCUUGGGUGUGGGUGAUUAUGAGCGUUUGGCGUUGCCAAAUGGGCCAUUUGGACUAGGGUUUAAGAGGAAUAGAGCCGACAAUGGAUUGAUUAUCGGUUUUGGGCACUCGGGCAUGGGUGGAUCAACAGGUUUCUGCGACAUAAAAAACAGAUUUGCUAUAGCGGUGUCAUUGAACAAAAUGUCAUAUGGUGCUGCUACUGCAAGAAUCAUGGGCUUGGUUUGUUCAGAGCUCAAUAUCCCACUGCCGGUGGAAUAUUCAUAUGUUAAGGACCUUGAAAGGCCUCUCACUCGCUGAAAAGGAGUAUCUCAUUUCCCCACUGUAUGAAUUAUAUCCAGAUCAAACAUUGAUGAAUAAGUAAACAUUUCAUAAAAGUUAUUAUAUUGAAUAAGAAAAAGUUAUUUCUUUGCCA